GGAGGAGGAGGAGGGGGGCAAGGAGGAGUGUUUGGAGCAGCAGCAGCGUUGGGAGCAGCAGUUGUGAGGGGGAUAGAACCAGCAUUGGAAGCAGUAUCACUGGCUACAGGAGCAGGGAGCUUAUGCAUAGAACCGAAGCAGUUCUACGUCAUUCUAUCCGCGUUAUUAGUCCUCCCCACCGUCUGGCUAAGAGACCUCAGCCUGCUGGCGUAUAUCUCAGCCGGCGGUGUACUGGCGUCGCUGCUACUCGUCUUCGGCGUGGGAUGGCUUAAAGAGGUUGACCAUAUCGGGGAUAUUCCAGGGGGAAUCAGCAGCACUACAGAGUGGUUCAAACCCAUGGGUUUACCCGCAGCGGCUGGGUUAUUCGGCUUCUGCUUUUCCGGCCACGCGGUCGUUCCUAAUAUUUACCGAUCAAUGCGCAAACCGGACCAUUUUACGCCGGUUAUGCUUGUGAGUUUCGCGGCGUGCACUUUGCUCUAUGGCGGGAUGGCUCUUAUGGGGUAUGCCAUGUUCGGCUCGGGGUCUUGUCUCAGAUCACGCUUAACUUGCCGCCGGCACUUAGCGCGUCCAAGUGGGUCGUUUGGACAACUGUGGUGAAUCCUUUUACCAAGUUCGCGCUUACGCUGCUGCCGAUAGCGCUGGCGCUGGAGGAAACUCUCCCCACCGCCCACCCUCACUCACUCCCUCACUCAGACUCACACUCAGACUCACACUCAGACUCACACUCGCAUCCUCACUCUACCCAAGAGACAAGUGGCAGCAGCAGAAGCAAAAGCAGCAGCAGAGGGGAGAACGGCAUGGGAGGGCAUGGCACGGGCCACGGUGCCCCGGCUGAAGGCAUGCGAUAAGUGCGGAUGAUCAUGAGUCUAUGCCCCUAGGAGGGGGAGGUGAAAGCAUUGGCACGGAAGGUGAAAGCAUGGGUAUGGAGGUUGAUUCCACGCCCUUGGGGGUGGACUCAUGGCAGCACAUAGCGUCGGCAACGGCCCUCCGCACGGCGCUAGUGGCCGGCGCGGUCACUGUAGCCCUCUCCGUCCCGUUCUUCGGCUUAGUCAUGGCCUUCAUCGGAAGCUUCCUCUCGCUUUCCAUCUCGGUGAUGCUCCCCUGCGCGUGCUAUUUGCAGCUUAUGGGCGGGCCGCAAAAGCUUGGGUGGGAGGGAGGUGGUGGUUGUGAUGAUGCUGCUGUUAACGGUGCGCUCCUGUUAAUGGUUUGCGUAUGGCUGCUGCUUCGAGGUGCUUUGUAGUGAUGGUAGAAGGGAGGAGGGGGGGGAAGAGGAGAGACGAGGGAGAGAAGGGAGAAGGUUUGCCCGCCCGGUGGUGGCCCUGCCCAACUACCUUAUGAAUGUGGCUGCAAGUGGCUGCAAUUUUGCCUGGCGGUUUAUUGCCUCUUGCAGCUGCUGCUUGCCCUACAAGCUUUCGCAAGAAAAAUGCUCUAUGUAUUGCUCAAGUUAUAGCCCUUGCUCUGUUUUCA